UUGGAGUGGCUGCUCUUUUACUGCUCCUUCAUGUCUCAUAACCCUUUCCCCAAGAAUUGGGGUCUGGCCCACCAUCAACCCCACAGUUCCUUUGGGGGAGAGUUUGGAAGAUGGAAGGGGAUUCAAAAGCGCAGGAUCUCCAUGUUACCUCUCAGUCAUCGGCUGUUGCACCGAGCACGCCAUCUGAGCCGGGAGCUCUGUCUGCUGCUGAGCCUGGCUGGGCUAGCCAUCGCCGGUCUGCUUUCUCUGUAUAAGUCAUGGAUUCGCUUUUAUGUGCCAGUGGGUAUUCCUGGCAACUUCACCGUCAUUGACAUCUACACCUCUCUCCUUGUUCCCUGCCCAGAAACCGAAUGCACACUGGAGCCUGACCAGCCGCCCUAUUACCUGAAUUACUCCGUCAUCUUCAUACUCAUUGCUAGCCUCGUCAGUUUCCUUCUCUGCCUGGCCCUGGCCUACUCCAUUAUCUUCUUCACAGGCUCAGUGCCCAUCUUUGACCUCUCCACCUCCAUUGCCAGCUUCAUUGCAGGCCUGUUCCUGUUCCUGUGCGCCCUGUUCUACCUGCUUCAGGCCCGGAAUUUCCUGCAGGAGGGAAUGAGCUACACCCUGGAAAUAAACUACUACCUGACAUGGGCGGGCAUCUUCCUCUUCAUGAUGACAGAGGAGGAAGUCAAGACUGAGGGUCACACCGAGACAGGAUUUGAACUCAGCUUUGCACUGACUCUAUGGCCAACACUUUAUGGUUGUCCCCUUACUAACUUGAAAUAAAUCUCCCCUUGUGUUAUGGAAGCAGCCUGAAUUUGGAGGCAGAAGGCCUAGGUUUAAGUCUGAGCUCUGCUGCUUUCUGGAAUCUUGGACAAAACCCAAUGUCUCUCAGUUUCUUCCUCUGUUCAUUGAAGGGCAAGGCUUGCACAAUCUCCAAAGGAGAAGGCUGGAGAGGUGGUCUGGGGCCUGAGGGGAGAGAAAAAACUUAGGGGAAUUGUUGCCAUGUUUCCUGCUCAUUAACCCUUGUGUUAUUUUAAACCACUGUGAGAGGGAAGGAAGGAAGGAAGAAAGGAAGGAGGGAGGAAGAAAAGGAGAGA